AUGAUUGUCAAAAAUAUAACCUCAGUAAGCGGAUUUCUCCUCAUGGGGUUCUCUGACAACCAUGAGCUGCAGAUCUUGCAUGCUUUGCUCUUCUUGGUGACAUACCUAUUUGGCUCAGCAGGGAAUUUCAUCAUUAUCAACAUCACAACUCUGGACCCACAGCUCCAGUCUCCAAUGUAUUACUUUCUGAAGCACCUUUCCAUUCUGGAUCUCUCAUCUCUUUCUGUCACAAUUCCCCAGUAUAUUGAGAGUUCCCUGGCAGGAAGUGGAUACAUUUCUUAUGGCCAGUGCAUGCUGCAGAUUUUUUUCUUUUCAGCUUUUACCUGGGGUGAGUUGGCCAUUCUUACAGUGAUGUCAUAUGAUCGUUAUGUAGCUGUUUGCCUUCCACUCCACUAUGAGGUCAUCAUGAGUCCCAGAAAGUGUAGGUGGGUUGUGACAAUUGUCUGGCUAAGCAGUGGUGUUCCAGGGACCUUGUAUAUAGCAACUAUAUUCUCUAUCAGAUUUUGUAAGGCCAAAAAAAUUCACCAAUUCUUCUGUGAUGUUCCCCAGUUGCUCAAGCUUUCCUGCUCUAAUGAUUACCUUGUAAUAAUGGCAGUGGCUGAUUUUCUGGCUGCAACGGGCUUUGCCUGCUUUAUUGGGAUUGUCAUCUCCUAUGUC